AUGAACAUGCGUUCCCAGCCAUUGCAGCCGCUUAACAACGGCCACCUCAAUAGGGGUACCACCACUCCGAUCAAGUCUACCAGAAGAAAGGACCCGGGCUUCGAUUAUUACUAUCACAAUCAGAAUCAGAACCAGAACCAGCAUCAGUUCUACCAUGACAACCAUGCACAGGUUCAACAGCAGCAGCAGCAACAACAACAGCAACAACAGGAGAAACCCAAGAAGAAAAAGGAGAAGCUUUCGGCACUCUGUAAGACCCCACCGUCUAUUGUCAGAACAAGAAACGGUAUUGACUACCGUAGAGGUAACUUCUUGGGCGAGGGAGGUUUUGCCCGUUGCUUCCAAAUGAAGGAUGCCAGUGGCAGAAUUUAUGCUGCCAAAACCGUUGCCAAGGCACUGAUCAAGAACGAGAAGACAAAGACAAAGCUCUUACUGGAGAUCAAGAUCCACAAAUCACUUAAGCACUCGAAUAUCGUUAACUUUGUCGACUGUUUCGAAGAUGACGUCAAUGUCUACAUCCUCUUGGAGAUUUGUCCCAAUCAAUCGCUCAUGGAGCUUUUGAAGACAAGAAAGAGGGUGUCAGAACCAGAAGUGCGUUAUUUCAUGGUCCAGAUCAUUGGUGCUGUUAAGUACUUGCAUUCCCGUCGAGUCAUUCACAGAGACUUGAAGCUCGGCAACAUUUUCUUCGAUCCCGACAUGAACUUGAAAAUUGGUGACUUUGGCUUGGCUUCGGUGUUGCCCUCCACAGACUCCAGAAAAUACACCAUCUGCGGUACUCCAAACUAUAUUGCCCCGGAAGUUUUGGGUGGUAAGACCACCGGCCACUCGUUCGAGGUGGAUAUCUGGGCCAUUGGAAUCAUGUUGUAUGCCUUGUUGGUUGGAAAGCCUCCAUUUCAGGCCAAGGACGUCAAUGUCAUCUACGAGAGAAUUAAGAAAACAGAGUACCUGUUCCCUGCUGACAAGCCUAUCUCCGAGGAAGCUAUGACUUUGAUCAAGGACUUAUUGAGCUUAAACCCCUUGAACAGGCCAUCCAUCAACGAGAUCUUGGACUACCCAUGGUUCAAAGGUCCAUUCCCAGCUAAAACUCUGGAUGAGGCAUUGACAGCUACUCCCGUGGGCAUUUUCGACCAUUCCAAGGCCCAGAGUGUUCUCAACUUCACCAAUGCAAAGAACAGGGCCGGCAUCUAUACGCCAAAACUGAAGAACCCUGUUCAGAUCUUGAAAUCAGACUUACAAUCCGACCAGCCUCGCACAGUCUUACCACAAUCAUUGUCUCCAGGCGACACUCGCUCAAAAUACCAGGAAAUUGCCGUUCCAAGUGCGCUUGUGGGACAAAAUGCUGGCAGAUCCCUCCGUAAGCUCAACUUUAACUCUAAGUUCACAAAGACCAUUGUUAAGUUGGACAAAUGUCUUCGUGAAACGGCCCACAACAUGAGACGCCUCCAGAAUCUUGUCAACUGUCAGGACAGUCUUGAUUUGGAUACCAAGGAGCUCCCUACAUGCGAGAACCCCACGCUUAUAUCGAAAUGGGUGGACUACUCGAACAAGUACGGAUUCUCGUACCAGAUGAACAACGACGACAUUGGAGUGUUAUUCAACGACCAGAACACCAUCUUGAAGCUCCAUAACAGCGAUAAAUUCUUGGAGUUGAUCCAUCACGAGAGCGAAGGCUGGGCAUGUAUUGAAAACUCUGCUGCCCACCCACCUUCUCAAGCUCGUAGACAGCUUGAAAUUGUGGACUUCUUUGCCAAAUACAUGAACAGCAACUUGUCGAAUGUGAGUGAAAAUGAGGAAAGAAAGGAGACGGUAUUCCUCCACCGGUACACUCGUAACAGCGACUAUAUUAUGUUUGAGAUGACCAACGGCACAUAUCAGUUCAACUUCAAGGACCACCACAAGUUGUGCAUUUCCAAGAACGGGUUGGCCAUCACGCAUGUUUCGCCUAACCGUGUAAUUCUGACACACCCAUUAAUUUUGGUGUUGGAGCAGGGUAACUUUUUGCACACGGAGGUUCCAGAUUGCAUGGCCAAGAUUGCUGUGAUUGAAGCAGCAGUAAGGGCCAAGAUAACCAAUUAA